UCAAGACUUCGUACUUUCGUAGUUUCGUAGUAGUAAAAAAUGGCGCUCGUUUGGUCCCCUAACGUUCUUUCCUCUUCCACUCCCACCGUAAACCCUAAUUACACAGUCCGUCACAAAUUCCCCAUCCACCAUAUAGCGCGACGUUCUCCACCCUGGUUCUCAAUCCGUUCCCCUUCGAGAUCUCGUAGCUGCUGCUUGCAUGUUCCAAUUGUUAAUGAAUUGGGAAAAGAAUCCGACGAGAGCAGUAAGCAAGGUGACAACAGUGAAGACUUAGGAGUCAAAGUGGCAUUGUCUAUGCUAAGGUUUUACAAAAGGGAAAUUUCACCAUUAAUGCCAAAGAGCUGUCGAUACGUUCCAACUUGUAGUGAGUACUCCAUGAUUGCUUACAAGAAGUAUGGUGUUGCUAAAGGCUCCAUCUUGACAGCCUGGCGCCUCUGUCGCUGCAAUCCCCUAGGUGGAUCAGGAUUUGAUCCUCCAAGAUGGUUUGAUGAGCCAAGCCCACCAGAACAAUGAAAUCCACUGUGUGGUGGUAAAAUCAAAGAAAGGCCUCCAAGAUUUAAAUUGUUUAUAAAGUUAGAAUCCUUAACAAAGUUCAAAUACUUGAACAGUUGUGGGAUUGGAAUUAAGGUAAAUAGGGGAAAUAAGUGCCUCUAUGUGAUAAAGGGUGGCAUGGUCCCCUAUGUAGCCCUGGAGUAUGCUAUCAGUGAUUUUAACAUUACAGGACAAAAUUAAAUCAGAGAGAGUGUCUCACAUCCAAAAUUAAGAGAGACGACUUUCUGUAUCAAAUUUAUGAAAGGAUCUGACAGAAGUUUAUCAAUGUAAUUGGUAGAAAAAAUAGUUUAAUAGUAUUUGGUAGAAAAGACACUUAAAUAACCAAAAAGCUACCAAACAAGUUGGAGUUUCAAAAACUUAAAGUUGGUUAUUCAACAUCCGAAAUAAAGGUUUAGAUAUAUUUAUCUAAACUAUUGAAUAAAAUCCAAUCUACUAGACUACUACUAUAUGUAUCUCAUAUUGGUUUGAUAAAG